AUGUCCACCCCUCGGAACAACAGCACUAACCCCGGCCAAAACGCCAGUCCAGCUCAGCCCAGCGCCCCAAACACUGCCCUCCCCUCGGAACCGGCUGAUAUCCCGUCCCAGAUCCCGCCGGCGCCGGGCCACUCGGUUGCCGCGGCCGUCCACACUCCACAGAGAAGAGACAAUGCUGCCGCUGCCGCCCCCGCCUCACCUCCCCCGGCUCCCCGCCCCUACCGCUUCCGCGACGCCGACUCCCUCCAGAUGCCCUCGCCGUGGCCCACGAGCCCCACCCUAGCCAACGUCGACUCCCUCCCGAGGUCCUCGCCGCGCAUGCCUGAGGUCCAGAUCGCCCGUGUGCACGGCGGCUGGGUGCUCAAGGAGGGGCUCCGGUCGGCUCUUGCUGCCCACCGCCGCCGCGAGAGGCGUUCCUGA